AUGUCUCUCCCUCACCUGCUUCUAGCAACUCUUCCUGCACAAGGGCACGUCAAUCCAAUACUUGCGCUUGCCAAGAUCCUGAUCAGGAAUGGCAUUGACGUUACCUUUGCAACAAGUUUAUAUGCCAAACAGCGGAUAGCCAAAGCUACCGACGACAUCACCAACUGCAUAUCUUUUGCGGCAUACUCUGAUGUACAUGAUGAAGGAUGCAAGCCCAAUGAUGAUCCCAAGCAAUAUAUGAUAGAGAUUAGAAACAGAAGCUCCAACACCCUAAGGGAAACGAUUCUCUCUAGUGCCGAGCAAGGCCGACCAGUUACGUGCCUGGUUUACAGUCUCCUGCUUCCAUGGGCUGCAGUGGUGGCGAGUGAAAUGCACAUCCCGAGUGUUCUUCUGUGGGUACAACCAGCCACUGUAUUGGAUAUAUACUACAGUUAUUUCAACGGUUAUAGUGACGAAAUCAAUAAUUCCUCCAACGAUCCCUCCUGGGCAAUCCAGCUGCCUAAACUUCCUUUGCUUGGUAAACGUGAUCUUCCAUCCUUUGUGCUUCCUCCGAGUGAUGAUCACAAAGUCUUUGCACUUUCAACCUGUAAAGAGCAUCUAGAGUUGUUAGAUGCAGAAACAAAGCCAAAAGUUCUUGUGAAUACGUUCGACUCGCUAGAGCCUGAUGCACUAAAGGCGAUUGAAGAUUACGAGUUAAUCGCGAUUGGACCCUUAAUUCCUUCUGCUUUCUUGGAUGGUAAUUAUCCAUCUGAUAAGGGUGUUGGUGGCGAUCUUUUCCAUAAAUCGGAGGAUUAUAUGCAAUGGUUGAACUCCAAGCCUGAAUGUUCUGUGGUUUACGUGUCAUUUGGGAGUCUUCUGAGGCUCCCAAAAGUUCAAAUGGAGGAGAUUGCAAAAGGAUUACUCGAGUGUGGACGACCCUUUCUGUGGGUCAUACGAGUAAACGAAAAGCAAGAAGAAGAAAAAGACGACGAUGAACUAAGUUGUUUGGAAGAAUUGGAAAAACUGGGAAAAAUAGUACCAUGGUGUUCCCAACUUGAGGUCCUAACAAACCAUUCGUUGGGUUGUUUUGUGACUCAUUGUGGAUGGAAUUCGACGUUGGAGGGUAUAGCAUGUGGCGUUCCUGUGGUGGCGUUUCCACAUUGGGCUGAUCAAGGGACUACAGCAAAGCUGAUACAAGAUGUGUGGAGAACAGGCCUAAGGGUGAACCCAAGAGAAGAUGGCACCGUUGAGAGCGACGAGAUAAAGAGAUGCAUUGAAACAAUAUUCGACAACGAAGAAAAAAGUCGAGAAUUGAGAGAUAACGCUAGGAAAUGGAAGAAUAUCGCAAGAGAAUCUAUGAAAGAGGGUGGUUCUUCCACCAAGAACUUGAAGGCUUUUGUUGAGGAACUUGGAGAUUUUCAAGUUAAGAAUGUACUGUCUAAAAUUUAA